AGAAGCACAACACCUACAUCCUGGCUUUAGAUGGGGACACAGACUUCCAGCCGGCCGCUGUGAUGCUGCUCAUUGAUCGUCUGAAAACGUACCCAAAUGUUGGGGCGGCGUGUGGCAGGAUUCACCCCACCGGAUCAGGUCCCAUGGUUUGGUACCAGAAGUUUGAAUACGCUGUGGGCCACUGGCUUCAGAAGACAGCUGAGCAUGUGUUCGGUUGCGUGCUUUGCAGCCCCGGCUGCUUCAGUCUGUUCAGAGCAGCGGCGCUGAUGGACAACAAUGUGAUGAAAAAAUACACCAUUAAGUCCUCAAAGGCUCAACACUACAUCCAAUACGACCAAGGCGAGGACCGCUGGCUGUGUACUCUGCUGCUGAAGCAGGGAUGGAGAGUGGAGUACAGCGCGGCUGCUGACGCCUACACCAAUGCCCCAGAGGAGUUUAAAGAGUUUUACAACCAGCGUCGGCGAUGGGUGCCGUCCACCAUGGCCAACAUUGUGGACUUGCUGGGCUCUGCCACCCUGAUUUCCCAGAAGAACCCGUCCAUGUCUAGACCCUACAUGGUCUACCAGCUUUUCAACUUGGUCUCGUUCAUACUGGUACCUUCCACCGUCAUCCUUAUGAUUGCAGGUAGUUUGACUGUGCUGCUUGACGUUCAACCCAACGGUGCUCUGAUCAUGGCUUUGAUACCUCCUGCUAUCUUCCUUGGCAUCAGCUUCAAGAUCAAGCCAGACACUCAGAUUCUUAUCGCAGGAAUCAUGAGCAUCCUGUACGCCUUCCUCAUGAUGACAACAACCAUUGUCAUAAUAGGCACCAUGGUGAAAGACAAAAGCAUCCUGACUCCCUCCAGCUUGUUCCUCAUCGCCCUUACCUGCUUUUACAUUGUUACGGCACUCAUGCAUCCUCAGGAGAUUGGCCUUGUGUGCUUCAGCUUUCUUUACAUCCUCUGCAUCCCCAGCUCCUACCUGCUGUUGUCGAUUUACGCCAUGGUCAACAUGAACAACGUGUCCUGGGGCACCAGGGAGAGGGCGCCUGCAGCCGGAGCAGCCACCACCCCACAAACCACAGCCCAGAAUGGUAGAUAG